AUGAAUAAUUAUUCUCUACAUUCCGGAUACAAUACACCUCUUCUGCGAUAUUGGCAAUCUGCGUCAUGCACUCUUACUGGCGAUAACCUUAUUUAUCCUAUAUUUAUUAGUUCAAAUGAUGAUUCUAAAGACGACAUACCCGGUCUGCCAAAUCAGGUCCUUUUGGGGCUAAAUAAUCUAGUUGAACAUUUGAGACCACUGGUUGAAAAGCAACUUAAAUGUGUGCUCAUUUUUGGUGUCGUUGAUGACUCGGUGAAGGACGACAGGGGUUCAGCUGCAGAUUAUGGCAAAAGUCCUGUGAUUGGUGCACUGAAGUUACUAAGGGCUCAGCUACCCUCUCUCAUCCUUGCAUGUGAUGUUGUUGAUGUUUUCGUGUUUCUAGGAGCACACAUAAUUGCGCCUUCAGAUAUGUCAGAGGGGAGGAUUUUGGCAAUAAAGCAGCUCCUUCACAAGAACGGCUUCUCACGUCAAGUAUCGGUCAUGUCUUAUGCUGCGAAAUUCGCCUCUUCUUUUUAUGGACCUUUCAGGUGA